CCUAUUCCCUCUUAUGGUCACAUCAUGACCCCACGGAUAGGCCGAAUGACCAAAAUUCCAAGAAUUAUCGAUCUUCGAAAGCAGCCAGAUGGGGCGAUAUCCCAAUUGGGUUGUGGUGAUGGGGAGGCCCGCUGCAAGGUCGAAAGCUUGAUAUGAGCUGAAGUAUACCGCCAAUUCGAUCUUAUAAACCGCCGCUUUUUCGCCUCUCUGGGUGGAGAUUCUUCGCUCCCACUUCCAUUCAAACUACUUCAUUUUAACUUAACAGGCUUUGCACUUCGAGUCGCACUUCAAUUGUUCUGUUUUUCUCUGCACGUUUUUUCACCAACUUAAAAGCAAUUUAUUCAUCUUGUGAUACCAUGCCUUCUCUUGUUGGUCGGGAUGUUGGCCAUACUGGCUAUGGGUUGAUGAGAAUGACUUGGGUCCCUCAACCACCCCCGCAAGAACAAUGCUUCGAGGCUCUGAACACCGCCCUCACCCAGGGCUCCAAUUUCUGGAACGCCGGUGAACUCUACGGCACCCCCGAAUUCAACUCUCUGCAUUUGCUCCAUAGUUACUUCGCUCAGCACCCGGAGAAUGCAGACAAGGUUGUUCUCAGCAUUAAGGGUGGGUUGAAGCCGGGCCAACUGGCGCCUGAUGGUUCCGAGGCCAAUAUUCGGCGCAGUGUGGAUGAGUGUCUUCGUGUGUUGGAUGGGAAGAAAAAGAUUGAUAUCUUUGAGUGUGCGAGGCAGGAUCCGAAUACUACUGUUGAGCAGACGGUUACUAUUCUUGCGCAGUUGGUCAAGGAGGGGAAAAUUGGGGGCAUUGGGUUGAGUGAGGUUGAUGCGGAGACUAUUCGGAGAGCACACAAGGUGCACCCAAUUGCAGCCGUAGAGGUUGAGAUGUCUCUGUUCGACCUCACCAUCCUCCAGAACGAUGUCGCGAAAGUGUGCGCGGAACUCAACAUCCCCAUUGUGGCAUACUCGCCAUUGGGACGAGGUGUCUUGGCUGGCGCCUUCACCACAGCCGCCGACAUCCCCGACGGCGAUUUCCGUAAGAUGUUGCCUAAGUUCCAAGAUGAGGCAAUGAAGCAGAACAUCAAGCUGGUCAAUGAGGUCAAUGACCUGGCCUCUCGGAAGGGCGUUGCUCCGGUUCAGAUCGCACUCGCCUGGGUGCUUACUCUUAGCGGCAAGCCUGGCAUGCCUACGAUUAUCCCUAUUCCUGGUGGUACCACGAGCGCCAAGGUAACACAGAACUUGCAAGCGCCUCGUCUGACUGAUGCAGAGAUGGCUGAGAUCGAUGCAAUUCUGAAGCGGAAUGAGAUUGUUGGGAGUCGGUACUGAGGGGUUACGGUACAGUAAUGGAUAUUUCGAUUUUCAAUGAUGUCUUGGUGCAUUUGUCAUUAUAUAAACUAAAUAAUAGACAAAAUUAAAUUUCAAUAUAUUGUUGCACA